AAAGGGGCCGCAAGAAGGGAGUGCGGGGGGGCAGCUGACGCGGCUGCUGGUGCACCUGAUCCCCGUUGUAGAUAUCCAGGGCCUGACCGGUCUGCUCCACGAGACGGAGGCCAUGGUGCUCUCCAUCUCCGAUCAGUCCGCCCAGCAAGCCGCGCUUGCGGAGCUGUACGAAGUCCUCGCCACGAACGAGGACUACACGCGCAAGGCGCACUGCAGCGUGUGGUACCAGGUGACUCGCGGCGAAGUGCGUACAGCAGUUUCGGGCGAGAGUGAAGUAUGGGAAGGCGGGGGCGGCGAGGAUAAAGUCGAAGGACGGGGCGGGGGGGCGGUCUUGGCUGCGGACGUGGGGGCUCCCACGGCCGAGGCAGAGCGUAGGGGGCGAAGAUGCAAUUACAUAACAUUUGGUCUAAUGGACUUUGUGCAAUCCGUCCUUCUCUUUCCAACAUGA